AUGGCGGGUUCCGGUAAACGCAGACCUCUUGACUGCUCUCCCCCUCACGAACUCACCUCCAAUACUCCCUUUUCCAGCAAGACCUCGAAGAAGCGCAAAAUGCUAGUGAAUGAGACGAAUUCGCAGGCAUCAUCUGAAACUUCCUACGAGGUUUUUUUAAGUUUUCGAGGACCAGACACUCGUCAUGAAUUCACCGAUUGUCUUUACCAUGCCAUGAAGGAUGCUGGGAUCCUCGUCUUUAUGGAUGAUGAAUCCCUCCGUGUCGGUGAGAAAAUUAGUGAUGAACUUCUACAAGCAAUUGAGAACUCAGAGAUUUACAUUCCCAUAUUCUCCAAGAAUUAUGCCGCGAGUCACUGGUGCCUUGAAGAGCUCGCGCACAUGGUUGAUUGCACCUCCAAAUUUGAGAAUAAAAAGAUUUUACCCAUUUUCCUGGACGUGGAACCUGAAGAUGUCAAGCUCAAAACAAAACUAUAUAGCGAAGCUCUUCCAGAGCACCGGAAAAAGUUUUGCACUGAAGUAGUAGAAUCAUGGAAAAAGGCUCUUAUAGAUAAAGGGAUGGAACUUGAACAAAGACGAUGGGCCAAUGACGCCAUCCUCAGCGGUCGCAAGGCCAUGACCCCAGUGACGUGUAGAAUUGAGGCAAGGCCGAGGUGGGGUGUCAAUGGGGCGCAACGGGCAAAGGCACCGGAAGGCGAUGGUGACAAUGCAGGGAGGCGAGCGAUGGCAAUGACGGCAUGGCCAUGCCAAGGAGAACAAAUUCGUUCUGUAAUUCGAAUGGUUUCGGUUAAGCUGAAGGUUGCAUAUCAAAAUGUGACUGAACAUAUAGUUGGAGUUGAUGAUCAUGUAGAAGCUAUAAUCCAAAAGUUGGAUGCGGGAUCUAAUGGUGUACGGUUUCUCACAAUCCACGGAAUGGGCGGUGUUGGCAAAACAACCCUUGCUAAGGUUGUCUUCAACAAACUAUUUUCUAGCUUUGACCAAUGUUGUUUCCUUGUAGAUGUUCGAGAAUCAUCAACAGGCAAAGAUGGUUUGGUAAAUUUGCAAAAAAAAUUGUUAUCCAAGCUCCUUGGUCCUCAUUCUAUCGACCAAAUUGAUGAUGUGAAUGAUGGGAUCAACAAGAUUAGAGGAGCACUUAGAAAUAAAAAUGUUCUCAUUGUUCUCGAUGACGUGGAUGAGAAAGAGCAACUAAAAAGUCUUGCAGAAAAUGGUAGUUGGUUCGGUUUAGGUAGCAGGAUUAUCGUAACUACUAGGAACAAAAGUGUCCUAAUUGAAGCCCCAAAUGUUUCGACUUACGAAGUAUCUGAAAUGGAAUUUGAUCAUGCUCUCGAGCUUUUCAGUAGGCAUGCCUUCAAUAGUGACUCUCCACCAAAUCAUCGUGUCUCUCUUUCCAAAAAAAUUGUCGAUACUUUAGGAAGGCUUCCUUUAGCUCUUGAGAUUAUAGGUUCAUCCCUACUUGGUAAAGCCGAAGAAUUAUGGAUCGACACAUGGAAGAAGUUACAAAAAGCUCCUCCCAAGGAUGUCCAAAAGAAAUUGAUGAUAACUUACGAAAGGGAAAUCAUCCGUCAAGAGAAUUCCAAACAUCUUAGUGAGCGUAGCAGAGUGUGGAAACAUGACGAAGCACUGAGCAUUCUGCAGCAGAAAGAGAGAAGUUGCAAAGUAGAAGCAUUGUCAAUAGGAAUUCAUCCAGUAUAUCCCUUUUGUGAUAAGAUUCUGACAUGCGACGAAUUUGCUGAUUUACAAAACUUGAGGUUCUUUGAAGGGAGAUACAUAAAGGAACUUCCAAAUUCGGUUGGAAAAUUACAAUCAUUAGUUGAGUUGGAUCUAUCAUUGACAAGUAUUAGUAACCUACCUGAUUCAAUCGGCAAUCUAAAGCAACUAAAAGUGCUAAGGAUGAGCCAAAUGAGAGGGAUAACAAAAUUACCAAGUGCGAUUGGGCUGGUGGAGAAGCUUGAAGAGUUAAAUGCCCAAGGAUGUUGCAACUUGACCGGCAAAAUCCCUAAAGAAAUUAGUAGACUGUCCCAUUUGAGGAUCCUAGACUUGUCGAACACACGAAUAUGCGGAUUACCCGCCAUGGUGAGUCACCUCUCUGAUCUGCACACACUUAAGGUAGAAAAUUAUCCCGAGCCUAAACAAUUGCCGGAGCUUCCCCUAAGUUUGACUUGUCUCACAUGGGGCUGGCAAAAUUGGCUUGACGUGAAAUAUCAGCAGAAGUGGUCCUCUGCGGAGAACUAUUGGCAGGAGGAAUAUUGGCAGGAGAAAUUCUGGCAGGGGCGAAGACGUGCUGAUAAGGAAGAUGAAGACGGAGUAGAUAAUGUUGCUGCUAAAGAAUUCCUCCAAAUAGGUGCCCCAUCUCAACAGGAAACACCUGUCAUUACUCUUCCCACUAGCAUCAGUAGCCAAUCUCAGCUUAAAACACUAAAAUUGUGCUGCAAAUAUGUGCAAUUCCUCCCUCAGCUCCCCUCUAGUUUAAGAGUGUUACAACUUCGAGAUUUGAAGACCACACGAUCACUGGAUUUUUCCAAUUUGAAAGACUUGUCAAUCUUGACAUUCGAUAGAUGUUUGCUAGAAUUCUCAAGUAUAUUUGACGCGGAGUCGGAGGAACUCCGUAUGGAGCUCUGUGAGCUUAGACAAUUGGACGCACCGUUGCAGCUGGAAAUGAAAAGAUUGAGAUCAUUAGAGAUGGCUUAUUGUAAGUUCCUUCCAGAAGUACUUGAUCUGUCGCGCAUGAAGAAUCUUGAAAAGGUAGGUCUGGGACUUUGCCUUUCAUUAGUCGAGAUUCAUGGCCUUGAAGAAUUGGGAUCCCUUUGCUCUCUAUCAGUCGGCCAUUGCCCUUCAUUGGAGAGGAUGUCAGACCUAUCGAAAUUGAAAAACCUACCGAAGCUCCAAGUACAUAAUUGUGGUAAGCUAAAUAAGCAAGAAAUCUAUACGAGCCCUAAUGCUGGAGAGUUUGGGGGUGACAGUUGCAACGUCGGCGACUUCGAUUUGUCACCUGUCCCCUAUACGAGCCCUAAUGCUGGAAAUUUUGGGAGUGACACCUCGGAUGCUGCCUCCAACUUCACCGUGGUAUAA